CGAUUUCGUGCAACGAUGCCAAGUGCGCCAGCCGCUGCGGCACCAGCGGCGUCGACGCUGACGACGACAUCCGAUUCCGGAUAUGCAGUUGGGGCGAUCCUUGUAGCCCUGUGGAUGGGGGAGACGGAGCGCACGUGUGUCGUGAUUGAUCGAAAAGCGACCACGGCGGGCAAGUUCAAGUACUACGUGCAUUGGCACGAUUUCAAUCGGCGCAUGGACGAAUGGAUCAAUGCAGACGAGAUCGUGCGUCGGGGGACCGACGAGGAAAUCAAACAUUUGCAGAAAAAGGAACACAAGGAGAAGGAGAAGGAAAAGGAACAUGACAAAACAGGAGGCACGGUGGGAACUGGCGACCACAGUGACAGCAAGGACAGCGGGCGCGGCACGCGCGGACACAAGCGGAAGACAGAGAGCGACUUUGCAGAGCCCGACGAGCAUGACGAACACGAAGGCAUGGACGCCGCGAGUAUCCGAGAGCACGAAGAAGUGACCAAAGUCAAGAACGUUCGAUUCGUGGAAAUCGGCAAAUUUCGCAUGGCGGCGUGGUACUUUUCGCCGUUUCCAAAAGAAUAUUUCCCCGACGGCAGUAUCGACUGUCUGUAUUUUUGCGAAUUUUGCAUGACAUUUUUCCGUUUCAAGUCGGAACUCCGUCAUCAUCAAGAACGCGUGGCUUGUUCCAGGUACCCUCCUGGCAACGAAAUCUACCGCCACGAAGGCAUUUCCGUGUUUGAGGUGGAUGGCGCAAUCUCCAAACCGUACUGUCAAAACCUGUGCUACUUUGCCAAGCUGUUCCUCGAUCAUAAGACGCUGCAUUACGACGUGGAUCCGUUCUUGUUUUACGUCAUGUGCGAAGUCGAUACCCGUGGAUUCCAUCCGGUGGGGUACUUUUCCAAAGAAAAGUACUCGGAAUUGGGGUACAACCUGGCGUGCAUCUUGACAUUUCCGUGCCACCAGCGCAAGGGCUAUGGGAAUUUUAUCAUUCAAUUCUCGUACGAGUUGUCGAAAAAGGAGGAAAAGGUGGGCAGCCCGGAAAAGCCACUGUCGGAUCUAGGGCUGGUGAGCUACCGCAGCUACUGGACCAAGGUAUUACUGGGGAUUCUAAAGGAACCCCAGCACAAGGAACUGUCGGUGAUGGAUUUAACCAAACUCACGUCCAUCAAGAACGAAGAUAUUGUCACCACGUUGCAAAACUUGAAUAUUAUCAAGUACGGUUCGGUUACUCGAAAUAUAAUAUCACAAGUGACGUUGGGGGAUUGGUCGCCAAUUGUGAAAUACAUGUCGGAUAGGUAUUGCAACGGCCAGUAUGUGUUUGUCUUAAGCGACGACGUUGUGGACGAUCAGCUCAACAAAGUCACCAAGAAAGGGCCGCAUGUGGUGCCGGAAAAGCUGCAUUGGGCCCCCCUCCACAUUGAAAUCAAGCGCGACAAGUGGUCCCUGCGGGCCAAGGCCCACGACGCGGAAGAGUAAUGUGUAGUACUACGUAGUAGAUAGUAACCAAAGCCAUUGAGUACUUAACGACUAGUUCGCCAGAGCCAUUCUCGACUAACGUUACUAGUAGUACAGUUACCAUGAUCGAC